AUGCGUAGCAAGGGUGCGUUGCUCCACGCCGACGAUGAAGAGUUCGUGUCAGAUGGGGCGAAUGAUCCGCUUGCCGAAUUGGUCCUUUCCCAUCAUGGGCGCCUGUCACACCUACGUCUGUCGUCGAUUAGACGCUCGCACGACGUUGUCAAGCGCAUACUGUCAUUACCGUUCGAGUCCCUCGAGCAGUUCACUCUCGCCGUGAACAAGGCGAGCCGGCCAUUAUCUCUGAGGGACAUGAGCCUAUUUGGUGGGCAUUCGCCUCGUCUGCGCGUGCUAGACUUAAUGCACCCACUCCUCCCAUUCUCUUCCGUUGAUUGGACGAGUCCUGCUUUUAAUACUCUGGAGACGCUCCGACUGUCACUGGAUGCCACGAAUGCACAUUUCAUUAAUUUAACUUUCUUACAGGCUAUACGCCGCAUGUCGCACCUUCGAACGCUCUGCAUCUUGGAGCUCACUAUGCACAGCGUGGUCAGUGCAUGCGAUGCAUGUUCUCAUGCACAACACAACAUCGUCCCGUUGGACGGUCUUGAAACACUCGUCUUAUUGGGGUCUCCACAUAACCAUGCCCAUUUUCUACGCCACAUUCGGCUUCAGCCCCACAGCCGCCUCGUGAUGAACGGCGCAAUUCCACACCCCGCCGUCUUGCUCCCCCCUGAAAGGAUGUACGGCGAGCUCAGCGAGGCCUUGAAAGACGUGUGGUGCCAUAACGAAGUCGUACCGCCUUUCCAGGCCGCCUGCAUGUACUUUGAGGAGACGGCGCGUAGAGGUGAUUACCUCGUCCAGCUAUGCUUGUCGCGGGACAUUACCCCGAGAACGCCGAGCCCCACAGCACUACCCUUCCACGGAGUCAGCGAUGGGCCAGCGAGCAACACUCUAUGCAUGUACAUGCGAGAUGAUGGCGCCCCUAGCAUCAUCCCAGCGUUCCCCAUACACCACGUGCGAUCUUUGAUACUGCAGGGCGGGAGCUUUCACCUGAGCUAUGCCAAUCUGUUCAUGUUCAUCGGCAUAGAGCGCCUGCACGUCUGUCCUACGGCUGCACGGCGCGCGUACACCGAUAUUCUACGUCUUCUUGAACUGAGAGAAGAUGUACCGUUACUGCUACCACGCCUUCGUCAUCUCUCGGCGCCCGACUUUCGACUCUCCUCUGCCCUCGACACUUUCGCUCCUGGUGGACUCAGUGGAAGGUCGGGUCGAGCAGAGCUUUGGCAGAAACAUGGGAUCACGUUCUACCUGUAUGUUGAAGAGGAAAUCGCGUUCGUUCGCGAUGGCAAGAUUGAAGAGACGAGUUGCAAAGGUAUACCCGAAGCGAGGGUAUUGCAGGCGAUCGACCGCUUGAAGGGGGUGGACUACGUACGGAUCGUGAACAAGGACUUUGAUCUCUUCGCCGCCUGGAGGCACAUAGACCAGAUAGAUAUAGACGCCAAUAAGAAACCUUGA